GCCCACCCGCGGCGUCCGGGGGCCGGGCCGCUGCUGCCAUGGGCACCGACAGCCGCGCGGCCGGGGCGCUCCUGGCGCGGGCCAGCACCCUGCACCUGCAGACGGGGAACCUGCUCAACUGGGGGCGCCUGCGGAAGAAGUGCGCCACGCACAGCGAGGAGCUUCGAGAUUGUAUUCAAAAGACCUUGAAUGAGUGGAGUUCCCUCAGCCCAGAUUUGGUCAGGGAGUUUCCGGAUGUCUUGGAAUGUACUGUAUCUCAUGCAGUAGAAAAGAUAAACCCCGAUGAAAGAGAAGAAAUGAAAGUUUCUGCAAAACUAUUCAUCGUAGGCACAAACUCAUCAUCAUCAACUAGAAAUGCAGUCGACAUGGCUUGUUCAGUCCUUGGAGUUGCACAGCUGGAUUCUGUAAUCAUUGCUUCACCUCCUAUUGAAGAUGGAGUGAAUCUUUCUUUGGAGCAUUUGCAGCCUUACUGGGAGGAAUUAGAAAAUUUAGUUCAGAGCAAAAAGAUUGUAGCUAUAGGUACCUCUGAUCUCGACAAAACACAGUUGGAACAGCUGUAUAAAUGGGCACAGGUGAAACCAAAUAGUAAUCAAGUUAAUCUUGCCUCUUGCUGUGUGAUGCCACCUGACUUAACUGCAUUUGCUAAACAAUUUGACAUACAGUUAUUAACUCACAAUGAUCCAAAAGAACUGCUCUCUGAAGCAAGUUUCCAAGAAGCUCUUCAAGAAAGUAUCCCCGACAUUCAAGCACAUGAGUGGGUGCCAUUAUGGCUGCUGCGCUAUUCUGUCAUUGUUAAAAGUAGAGGAAUCAUCAAAUCAAAAGGUUACAUCUUACAGGCUAAAAGAAGGGGUUCUUAACUACAGCACAGGAUUAUAAUCUACUGACUUCUAUUUUCCUUGAAUAUAAGAAAUGAUUGAGAUAUGUAAAAUCUAAUACUGCUUAUAAGUGGUAUCACUGAGGCAGAUAUUCCUUAGCUAUAGCUGACAUGUUAUCUGUCAAUGAAUACUUCUCUUGCCUCCAUAACCUCACAUAAACCUCUGUAUUGUUUUCAUUAAACUGUUGUUUUCUAAUUGAAAUUGUCUAUAAAGAAAAUACUUGCAAUAUAUUUUUCCUUUAUUUUUAUGACCAAUAGAAAUCAAGUAAAUUUGUUGGCUAUAUAUCAGGGUAAUGUAUGUAUAUACAUUUUUUUAUUUCCAAAAUACUCAUUGCUUCCUACUCUAUAGGAUAACUAAGCAAUUUAAUUACAUUUGUUAAAACUGAAAUACUGGAAGAUAUUUUUCUUGUCAUUAAUUAGAUAAUUAUAUAUCAGAGUAAUUGGAGUAGCCAGGUUCUAAUAGUGUAAAUAAAGGUUGUACUUCUUCAAUUCAUGAAUGAAAAAUUAACAUUUUUAUGUGUCCUUACUAGUAUUUUACUAGAGAGUUAGCCUUGUAUUCUUGUGCCAUAUUUUCUUAAUAUUAUUUACAAAGACAUGCCAAAGUAAAUCUGAAAAAACAAAAACACAACCUAGAAACUUAGAAAUUCUUGCUUGGGGACUUUAUAAAGCAACUGUCACCUAUAGACUUAAAAAAAUGAUCCAUCCUUAAUAUUUUGCUACUUGUAUAAUAAUAUUCCAUAAGUAUGGAGCAAUUUCUGUGUGCUCAUCACUUAUUAGGUAAUGUGUGGACUCUGGCGAGAGGAGGCAGUACAGAGCCAAAGGUUAAAAUCUAAUAGGUAAAAUAUGUCAUUUUUAUUCUUUUGUAAUAAUUGACUAUGAGAGACUAAAAGUCAGAAAAGGAAUGAAACAACCUUUUAUUCAGGGACAAUGAUGUCUACAUAAACAACUUUGAUAAUGAAUUUAAUUAUUUCAAAACAAAAGUAUAGGUCUAAAUGAAGCUAAAGAUCACUUAGCAUAAUUCCUCCUUGGUUUAAGAACCAGGAUAUUGGAUUGGGAAAAUAGCUCAAAAGGCCGAGCACUUACUUAGCAUGCAGGAGGUCCAGGUUCAGUCUCUAGCACUACAUGAUUCUCCCAGCAGUACCAGGAGUGACUCUCAAGCAUUGAGUCAGGAAUAGCCCCUGAAUACCAGCCAGCAU